CGGUGCCAUUUUGUGUAGCAGCGCCUGGGGAGCGGCCGGCGGGAGGCGGCGGAGGGUUUCGGGGUUCGGACCAGAGCGGCCGGAUGGUGAAAUCCUCCCUGCAGCGGAUACUCAACAGUCACUGCUUCGCUAGAGAGAAAGAGGGGAAUAAAAGCACCAUCAUGCCCGCCGUGCUGAGCCUCAGUACCGGACAGAGCAGUUCCAGGGUCCCCUUCAAUUGCUGUAGUAACCUGGGUCCGGGGCCUCGGUGGUGCUCCGAUGUCCCUCACCCACCCCUGAAGAUCCCAGGUGGGCGAGGGAAUAGUCAGAGGGAUCACAAUCUUUCAGCUAACUUAUUUUAUUCGGAUAAUCGGCUGAAUGUAACUGAAGAACUAACAUCUAACAACAGGACCAGAGUCCUGAACGUCCAGUCAAGGCUCACAGAUGCCAAACACAUCAGCUGGAGAGCAGUGCUGAACAACAACAACCUCUACAUAGAAAUCCCCAGUGGUGCUCUGCCUGAAGGGAGCAAGGACAGCUUUGCAGUUCUUCUGGAGUUUGCUGAAGAACAGCUCCGAGUUGACCACGUCUUCAUUUGUUUCCACAAGAACAGAGAUGACAGAGCUGCAUUGCUCCGGACUUUCAGCUUUUUGGGCUUUGAGAUUGUGAGACCAGGGCAUCCCCUUGUCCCCAAGAGACCAGAUGCUUGCUUCAUGGCCUACACCUUCGAGAGAGACUCAGCAGAAGAAGACUGAUUGCAAUGUUUGCCUCUUUAGGAGCUUUUCUUGGUAUCAAAAGAGUUUGUCACCAUCUGUUCCACUCUCUAGCUUCACUCUAGCAAACCUUUGUGACCCAACUGCUCUGCCCCUGAGAUGGUGAAAAAUUUCACUUGCCACAUCUUUAAUUUUUCCCUUUCCCCCCUUUUUUUCCCCACCCCUUUCUCCCCUCUUUCCCCCCAACUCUUUUUCCUCCCCUUCUUUCUCUCUCUUUUUUUCCCCCUCCUCUUUCCCUCCCCUCUCUUUCCCCCUCCUCUUUCCCUCCCCUCUUUUUUCCCCCUCCUCUUUCCCUCCCCUCUUUCUCCCCCUCCUCUUUCCCUCCUCUCUUUUUCUCCCUCCCCUCUUUCUCCCCCUCCCCUUUCCCUCCCCUCUUUCUCCCCCUCCCCUUUCCCUCCCCUCUCUUUUCCCCUCCUCUUUCCCUCCCCUCUCUUUCCCCUUCCUCUUUCCCUCCCCUCCUUCUCCCCUUCCUCUUCCCCCCCCUCUUUCUCCCCUUCCUCUUUCCCUCCCCUCUUUCUCCCCCUCCCCUUCCCCUCUGGAUUUGUGCUCAUGUUGUGGUCGUGCAAAUAAAACUCUCUUUCUCUCUCACCCUUCCAGAUUUCAGCAGCAUAUUCCUUGAGGUUCAAUAUUGUGUUUGUGAUAUUGAAGUUAUUUGCUUUAAUUCUAAAUAAAAAAAACCCCAAAUUUC